GGCCGCCGGAGCCGCGCCGAGAGCAGCCACGGCAGUGAGGUGUCUCUGUUCCAAGUGUCCCAGCUGUCCCUGUCUCCAGGUGUCUCAGUCCCAGGUGUCACACACUCAAGUGUCCCUGUCCCAGAUGACCGAGGUGUUCUGUGUGUCCUGGCAUCAGAAAUCCCAGUCCCAGGUGUCCCUGUGUGCAAGUGUCCCUGUUUCCAAUGUCCCAGCUGUCUCCAGGUGUCCCUCACCCAGGUGACCCAGGUGUCUCUGUUCCCUUAUAUCCCCAUUCUGCUGUCCUUGUCCCAGGUGUGCUGUCCCUAGGUGUCCCUGUUCCUCAUGUCCCAGCUGUUGUUGUCCCCAGGUAUCGUAGACCCAAGUGCCCCUGACCCAGAUGUUCCUCCUCCUGUUAUCCCGUGUGUCCUCGUCCCAGCUGUCCUCACCCAGGUGUUCCAGGUGUUCCAGUCCCACAUGUCCCUACUCCCAGUGUCCCACGUGUUCUUGUCCCAGGUGCCCCAUCACCCAGAGUCCCCAUUCCCAACCUUCCAGGUCACCCAGGUGUUCCAGGUGUCCCAGCAUCAGGAGCCCCUAUCCCCCAGUAUCCCAGUUUCCAAUCUUCCAGGUUUCCCACAACAUCCCAAAUGUCCCUGACCCGGGUGUUCCAGGUGUCCUAACAUCACAUCCCUCUCCCUCAGUGUCCCUGUUCCCAGUCUUCCAGGUGUCCCAGAGUGUCCCAGUGCCACAGCUGUCCUUAUCUCCUAGUAUCCCAGACCCAGGUGUCCUGACCCAGGUCGAGAGUGGUGACCAGCCGCCCCGGAACCUCCUCAGAAAGUGUCUCCAGAAGAGUGGCCAUGUGGUUGGGUGCCCGCCUGGACACGCUGCCCACCCCAGCACUGACCAUCGACCGCACCACGGCGCGUCGCAACGCUGAGCGCAUGCGGGAGCACUGCCGGACCCUGGGCGUCCGCCUGCGACCCCACGUCAAGACCCACAAGACGCUGGAAGGCGGUUUGUUGGCCACCGGCGGCACGCGGCGCGGCAUCGCUGUCUCCACGUUGGCCGAAGCGCGUUUCUUUGCGGACGGUGGCUUUGAUGACAUCCUGCUGGCUUACCCAUUGCCCACCACGCGGCUGGAGGAGUGUGCAGGGCUGGCGCAGCGCCUCGAAGCCUUCCACGUGCUGCUGGACCGCCCCGAGGCGCUGGCCUGCCUGCGGCAGCGGCCACUGGCCCAUGGCAAACGCUGGCUCGUCUGGCUGAAGCUCGACUGCGGCAACGGCAGAGCUGGCGUGCGUCCGACGGAUCCUGCAGCCCUGGAGCUGGCCAGGGCCAUCGCCACCGAUGCACCCAAGGAAGUGACAUUGGUUGGGGUCUAUGCACACUGUGGGAACACCUAUGGCUGCAGUGGGGCAGACGCCAUCCAGGCCAUCGCCAGGACCACCACCAACGCUGUCCUCGGCUUUGUGGCUGCGCUGAGGCAGGCUGGUGUGCCCUGUCCCCACGCCAGCAUCGGCUCCACUCCCUCCUGCAGCCACCCCAUCCCUGAGAUGUCCCAACUCACCGAGCUGCACCCGGGCAACUACAUCUUCUACGACCUGCAGCAGACACAGCUGGGCUCCUGCCAGCCCCAGGACGUGGCCAUCCGUGUCCUCACGAGGGUUAUUGGGCACUACACGCACCGAGGGCAGCUGCUGGUGGACUGUGGCUGGACAGCACUCAGCCUGCACGGGGCAGGAGCAGGACGGGGCCCCCAGGGCUGCGCUGCCAUCGAUGGGCACCCCGAGCUGCGGUUGGUGGGGCUGACGCAGGAGCACGGGCUGCUGGAGCACGCUGAUGGACAGAUGGAUUUUGGGAAGUUCCCCGUGGGCAGCGUGCUGGCACUCAUCCCAUACCACGUGAGUGCUGUCCCCCAUCCCCUUGUCCCCAGUGUCACCCCGUGUGUCACCCUACUCUCCCCCACAGGCGUGUGCUACGGCGGCCAUGCACCCUGUGUACUAUGUGCACGAGGAGGGGCAGGUGGUGGCCCUAUGGCACCCCGUGCGUGGCUGGUAGGGCCCCAUCCCACUGCCCAUAAUGAGGACCUGCGCCCACAAUGAGAUCCUAUAUAGCCAUAACGAGGUCCUGUGCCCACGAUGACAUCCUACACCCACGCCGAGUUCCUGCAGUCACAACGAGAUCUUGCAACCCUGCUGAGAUCCUCAUGGCCAGCACGAGAUCCUGCAACCACACUGGGAUCCUGCAGCCGUGCUGACAUCCUGUGAGCAUCACGAGGUUGUGGAGCCAUGACGAGACCCUACACCCAUGAUGAGAGAUCCUACACCCAUGAUG